AUGGCCCUUCGUACACAGCAUAUCCCGCUACGUCUCUACCUCAAUCGCAUUGGCAAAGCUCCAUCUCCUCAUUCUCCCCAUUGUUCAGGGAACGAGACAAUUACUCACUUCCUCAUAGACUGCUCUUUCUACCGCUGUGAACGUCAUGCACUCGUCGGCGCUAUGGGACGAAAAGCCACCUCCCUACCUAACCCUAUGUCUAUUCAGCACCUUGUCGGAUAUAUCAAUGUAAUGCCGAGACCUAGACAGGCGUUUGGUGAGAUUCUACUUCCUCGUAAAGCCCCCAGAAUGAUGCAGCCAGUCCCCUAG